AUGAUGCUUCGAGUGCCACAGUACCCACCCCCUCACGCUCGGUUGAUCCGUCGAGACGAGGGACCCCCAAUGUAUCGAAUGUUGGGCUACGCCGAUGAAAACAACAUAAUGUCCGACCUGUGUGAUGUGAUUCCUCCAGGAUUCGUCGGGCCGUUCGCUACCCUGAGACUCCCGCCGAACCAGUCAAUUCCCUUCGGAGCAAGCAGAUUUGGAUUACCCAUCAUUCCCACUUCUUACACAACAGUCUACUACGAUGACCGCUUUGCCUCAUGCUCCGACCGUUACACCCCUUGCAACCGAAUGGAAUUGAUUCCUCUACCAGAGCCGCGACUGGAAGAGAUACUAUUCCCAGAAAUGGCCAUUCCCGGAACUGGGACGCAGAGUCGCACGACCAAUGAUGGAUUUUUGUAUCGGAAAGGCCUGCCUCCAUCUCGGUUCCACACUGAACCGGACGCGAGUUGGAGAAAUCUCAACUUGCAUUCUGGCCAGCAUAACAUUUUAGGUGAAUAG